UUGACAGUUGACAGCACUUAACCUUUCAUUUCAUUUCCUUGCCUGCAUUUGUUUCGUCUUUUCCCGUCCGUUGUCGGUGUGUCGUUUCGCCGCAAUCUACAUUUAUCUCCUCGUGUUCCGCUGGAUCGGAAUAUAUUUAUCACAAACUCAAAAACAUUAACCAUGUCGAUCCACAUCAAAGACGUUGAGGACCUCACCGCGAGACUGACGGAGGCCGGCGACAAGCUGGUGGUGAUCGACUUCAUGGCGACGUGGUGCGGGCCCUGCAAGAUCAUCGGACCCAAGCUCGACGAGAUCGCGGCCGAGAUGGCCGACUCCAUUGUCGUUGUUAAGGUGGACGUAGACGAGUGCGAAGACAUCGCAACAGAGUACAGUAUCAACACUAUGCCCACGUUCGUCUUCGUGAAGAACGGGAAACCAGUCGAGCAGUUCUCCGGAGCGAACGUGGAGAAGCUCCGGUCCACCAUUUUGAAACUCAAGUAGACUACCGGCGCAUACGCAGAAAGACGGCUUCGAAACUCUAUUCCUCAGGCAACGUUAUGUCACCGUUUUAACCACCAAAAUUGGAUUUGACUGCACUUGAAGGCCACGGUAUUGAAUUUCCGCGUUCCGUCAUAGUUUUUACCACGAUUGCGCCUAAAAUGAUGUUGUCUAAACUAUGUAAUUUUAAGUUAAUUGCCUGAUGAAUGUGAGAUUUUUACGUUGGCAACAUUACGUCCGCCAUUUUAAUUUGCGAAAAAAUAAGCUGCUGCAUUUAUCAGACUCGGUGGCAGUUUCGAUUGAUCGAUUUCUUUUUAUUUUUUUACAUUUGUGUGGCCUUAAGAGUAUCUACAGAGCUAAAGAAAUCGAAUUUGGAUGUACGCUAACAUCACAAUACAAAAAGUUAAUCGAUUUUAACACGGCUGCCACUGUAUAAAUCAAGUUAAAAACGAUAAAAUGCAUUAUGAGCCCUUAAAAUAACACUUAUUGCCCCAAUUCAAUAAUAAUACAUAAGCCAGUGAUACAUAUUGUCAUGUUUUAUUUUAUUUCGUUUACGUGUGUAGGUAUAGAUGCAUGUAAUAAGUUUCGGUGUAGAAGCACAAGCAUUAUUGCGUACACCUGAGUCGUGUUUAAUUUCUGCGUAUUUUAUGUGUAUGUUAAAGUAUUGUUACUUCAGUAAAUAUUGUGAAAAUA